UUCAUCUUUGAAUCUCUUAAUCUAACAAAUUUUAGCAUCCAUACACAAAAAAAAAAAGAAAAAAAUCACCAAAAAAACUCAUAACAAAUAUAUUAUAUUCUUUCCAUAUUAUUUUCAUAAAUUCAAAAUUCUAAAUCAUAUUUUCAAGAGGAGAUCAUAAUUCCAAAAGAAGCCAUAAUCAGAGUUUGAAGAUAUUAUAAAACGAGAAAUUACGAUCUUAAAGAAGAUUGCGAUCAGUGAGACCAUCAGCCUAAGAAUUUUACAACAAUGAUUACAAAAGAUCAAAAACAGCUCAUGGGGUUUUUAAUACCAGUAAAAUUUUUACAUACAAACAUAAAUCUCCUCAAAUUAUGUUGUUAUUCAUUCAUAUUAUCCGCCUUUAUUAUUAUUUUUGGAUUUUCAAAUAGAAUUUCCAGUACUAUUACGGUCCAAAUCCAGCAAAAACAAAACAGGGCAAGCAUAAUUUCAUCUUAUGAUUAUGGUGGGAUUAUGAGGGAUGAAGUUUUAAUGAGUAGAGUAUUAGAUAAUAAUGCUCCAAGAAGUAUGGAAAUUGAUAAGCCAAAAAUAGCAUUUUUGUUUUUAGUGAAAAGGACAAUACCGUUGGGUCCAUUGUGGGAGAAGUUCUUUAAAGGACAUGAAGGGUAUUACUCCAUUUAUGUGCAUUCUGAUCCCAGUUUCAAUUCUUCAUCUAAAGCUGAAGGUGGCGUGUUUCAUGGGCGUAGGAUUCCUAGUAAGAAAGUGGAAUGGGGAAGAUUCAGCAUGAUGGAAGCAGAACUACGAUUACUAGCAAAUGCACUCCAAGACAAAUCAAACCAACGCUUCAUCCUUCUAUCAGAAUCCUGCAUUCCUCUCUUCAACUUCACCACCAUUUACUCAUACCUAAUCAACUCAACCCAAACCCACAUCGAAUCCUACGAUAAACCCGGCCCGGUAGCACGAGGCCGCUACAAACCCAAACUAAUGGGCCCCACAAUCACGAUCCGAGAUUGGCGAAAAGGAUCGCAGUGGUUCGAAAUCAAUCGAAAACUUAGCGAAGAAAUUUUAUCGGAUCGCCGUCAUUUCUUGCUGUUCAAGAAUUCAUGUAAAAAGUAUGCGUGUUGUGCCGAUGAACAUUACUUGGCUACUUGGAUGAACAUGAAUUCGAAAGGGAGAAACUCGAAUCGGAGUUUAACUUGGGUUGAUUGGAGUAAGGGUGGAUGUCACCCUGCUAAAUAUGGGAGUAAUGAUAUUAGCGUUCGUUUUUUGAGGAGGUUACAAAAUGGGGACAAUUGUAAACAUAAUGGGAUAAUUGGGAAGAAUACUACUAAUAUUUGUUUCUUAUUUGCUAGGAAGUUUAUGCCUAAUACACUUACUAGGUUACUAAAACUUUCACCCCAAGUUAUGGGUUUUUGAUAAUUAUUCAGAUUUUUUAUAUUUUAUUUUUUGAUUUGUGUAAUUAUUAUGUAAUGUAAGUAUAAAAUCUAGCUGAAAUUCGGCUUUUGUUUAUGUUAGAUAGUAAAAAAUCAACUUUUCUUCUCGUUUUGCUUUACUUGUUCUCCUCUAGAAGCAUGUUUGUCAGUUUUCUCUUUCAUCUGUACCGAUUUUUUUGUGAUAAUACAUAUUCAUAUGGACUAUUUGCCAACCUUUCUUUGUGCUUCGUUUUAAUGUGUUAGUAUGGUUACAAUUUGCAAGUCAAUGUCCAUUUCAUAAUUAAGAGAAAAGAUAUGAUAGCAUACCACGACGUGUUAUAUGGGAUAGCCUUAAGGCUAGAGGUAUUUCCCCACUGUACAUUGAGGCUAUACGGGAUAUGUAUGACAGAGUUUCGACUAACAUUCAAACACCGGUGGGGAGAACAAAAUCUUUUCCGGUUAAAGUUGGACUACAUCAGGGAUCGACUCUAAGCUCUUUCAUUUAUACUGUCAUUAUGGAAGAGAUUUUAAAAUCUAUUUAGGAGGCGGUACCGUGGUGCAUACUAUUCGCUGAUGACAAGCUGGUAGCA